UUUGGAGAGGGAAAAAAAAUCGGCUGACCCCGCGAACUACUCCGUCCACGAUGGAGAGGAGGGCGGCGGCGCGUGGCGGCGACUACGACGAGCAAGAUCGCCGUGUGAAGGGCACCGAGGUGUUCGUCGGAGGGUUGCCGCGGUCGGUGACGGAGCGGGCACUCCGGGAGUUAUUUUCUCCUUGUGGAGAGAUUGUGGACUUGCGGAUAAUGAAAGAUCAGAGGGGCAUUUCAAAGGGAUAUGGUUUUGUACGAUUUGCAGAGAGGGAGUGUGCUUAUAUUGCUAAAAGGCAAAAAAAUGGUUUUGAGCUUCAAGGAAAGAGACUUGCUGUUGAUCUUUCAUUGGAUCAAGACACACUCUUCUUUGGGAAUCUUAGGAAAGAAUGGAGUAUAGAAGAAUUUGAGGAAUUGAUUCACAAGACAUUAAAAGAUGUUGUUUCCGUUGACCUUGCGAUGGCUCGAAACCAUGAUUCUUCAAGUGGGAAAAGACGUCUAAACCGAGGCUUUGCAUUUGUGCGGUUUUCUUCUCAUGCAGCUGCAGCACACGUACUUCGCAUUGGUUCCAGAACAGAUUUUCUGCUUGGUGGAUUGCAUCCUGAAAUAAAUUGGGCUGAUAAAGAGUCUCAUGUGGAUGAUGAGGAAAUGGCCAAGGUUAAGACAGCUUUCGUUGGGAAUUUACCAGCAAAUGUUACUGAGGAGUAUCUGAUAAAGCUUUUUGAACAUUGCGGAGAGGUAGUACGAGUUGCGAUCUCAAGGAAAGGACAAUAUCCAGUUGGAUUUGUCCACUUUGCCUGUCGUACAGAGCUUGAUAAUGCAAUAAAAGAAAUGGAUGGCAAAACAAUAAAAGGACCUGACCGAGGACCUGCUUUUAGGAUCCAGGUCUCAGUUGCUCGUCCUGUGGUAGAGAACGAUAAAAAGAGAACUCGUGAAGAAGUGAAUACUAGAAGAUCAAAUUUAUCAAGAGACAAGAUAGAUCAUUCUUAUGGAAGACAUGGACACGAUUCAUAUGAUCGUGAAGCAAAAGCUCCAAGGCUAUAUAAUGAGGUGUCUGGUACAGACCCCUAUGAAGCAGCUGUUGUUUCACUACCUUCAGCUGUCAAGGAACUCUUGCUUCGUAUUCUACGUCUUGGAAUUGGCACUCGAUAUGACAUAGACAUUCAUUGCGUAAAGAGUCUUAACGGACUUCCUGAAAAAGCUGCAGCUGCUGUCCUUAAUCAGUUUUUGAUAUCAGGUGCAGAUAAACACAAUAAAGGAGACUAUUUUGCUUCAUUAAUUGCUAAGUACCAGGCUGAGACAUUUGGCUCAGCGCUAAUGUUGCAGGGUUUUUCUCAUUUUCCCAGAAAUCCUGAGACACAGAACACACGAUUUUCACACCAAGAUUACGAGUACACAGCUUCUGGGAGUAGCAGAUUCAACUCCUUUGUUGAUUAUCCGUACCCGUCUUAUGUGGACGAUCCAGCAUCUUCUCAGUCAAGGAAUGGAAGGUAUGCUGAAGACAGACCUGCACUUGUAAGAUAUCCAGAUUCAAGGUCACGACAAGAAGAAAUAGUUCGUAUUGAAAGAUUCCCAGAAUCAAGAUUAGCACAUGAACCAAGACAUGACACUGGAAGGCAUCUAGAUAUCGGGUACAUACAAGAACGGAGUUCGAAUAUUGACAGAUCAGCUCAAGUAGCUAUUUCAUAUAGGGAAGGAGAAUACAUAUCUGCUUCAAGGUACAACACUGAUACAGGCCCAGCAUUCAGUUCCAGGUCUUCUGCUGAAUAUUCUACUGCACGCCAACAAGUAAGGUUCGAUCCGUUCACAGGCGAAGCUUACAAGUUUGAUCCCUUCACCGGUGAGCCCAUAAGGCCAGAAUCAAACCCACGUCACUCAGGAAGCCUAUACUGACUUGAUUGAUUGAAGCUACAUUUUGGACAUGGUAGAUAGGAUUGCACACCUGCUCUUGCAUGUUGUACACUAGUGUAUUCGAUGUGUAUCCUCAGCAUUUCAAUGCUAAAUGACCAUUUUUAUGCAUGUCACUGGAUAACUAUGGUUGAUAAAGCAAUAAUAUGUUCUAUGAUUUAUGAUGCCAUCUGACAGUAUGAACCAGGGAAAA